UCCAUCCAAUUCGAAACUCAUAGCCAAGAUUCAUGGGUUUCUCUUCCCGUCUAAUGCUUCAGGCUACCAUAUUGUUUGUCCUGAUAUGUUUCAAAUGCAUAUUUCUUGGAGUUGAAUCAGCCACUUUAAGUCUAUCUACAGACAAGGAAGCCUUGAUCUCAUUCAAGUCUAAAAUUAAUCUGGUGCCUCGCAAUGCUCUAUCUUCUUGGGACCCAAACACAUCGCCCUGCAAUUGGACUGGGGUGGUCUGCAACAAGUCUAGCCUGAGAGUGAUCAGCCUUGAUCUUUCAGGUUAUGGACUUAAAGGAUCCAUCAGUCCUCGUAUUGGCAAUCUCUCCUUCCUCCGUUCCCUUCAACUCCAAAAUAACCAAUUCACUGGAAAGCUUCCCACUGAAAUUGGUCAUCUUUUUCGUUUGAGAGUUCUGAACAUGAGCUCUAAUGGAAUACAAGGUGGGCUACCCUCAAAUAUAAGCCAAUUAACUGAGCUCCAAAUCCUGGACUUGACGGCAAACAAUAUCACAGGGAGAGUUCUUGAAGAGCUUACCUACUUGACAAAGCUCGAAGUCUUGAAGUUGGGAAGAAACCAGCUUUAUGGUGCAAUUCCGCCAGCCAUAGGUAACCUUUCCUCACUCACCAAUAUAAAUUUCGGUACCAACACUCUAAGUGGCAUGAUUCCUGGCGACUUGGGCCGCCUCCCAAAUUUGAAGGAACUUGAUCUCACCAUUAACAAUUUGUCCGGCAUCAUUCCUCCAUCAUUAUACAACAUAUCCUCCCUAGUUUCCUUGGCUUUAGCUUCAAACCACCUAUGGGGGGAUAUUCCGGGAGAUAUUGGGAUUAAACUCCCAAAUCUUCUAGUUUUCAAUUUCUGCAUUAAUAAAUUCACCGGAAAAAUUCCAUGGUCUUUGCACAAUCUCACAAAUAUAAGAAUCAUCCGCAUGGCCCACAACCUUCUAGAAGGAACAGUUCCGCCAGGCCUGGAAAAUCUCCCAGUUCUUCGAAUGUAUAACAUUGGUUUUAAUAGGAUUCGGUCGGGUGAAGAUGGCCUUAGAUUCCUUACUUCUUUUACAAAUAGUACUCUCCUAUACUUCCUUGCCAUUGAUGGCAACCAUUUGGAGGGUGUGAUCCCAGAAUCAAUAGGCAAUCUUUCUAAGGUUCUCACGAAUCUGUACAUGGGAGGAAAUCGUAUUUCGGGUAACAUUCCCACAUCCAUCGGACGUCUUAGCGGCCUGCGUUUGCUAAAUUUUACUGACAAUUCGAUUUCAGGUGAAAUCCCACCUGAAAUAGGCCUGUUGGAUGAACUACAGGAGUUGAGUUUGGCAAAAAAUAAGAUCUUUGGCAGUAUUCCGAAUUCUCUUGGAAAUCUCCAAGGGUUAAACCUUCUUGAUUUAUCAGAAAAUAGCUUUUUGGGUAAAAUACCCACUACUUUUGGAAACUUCAAGAAUCUUCUUUCCAUUGACCUAUCCAGCAACAGGUUUAAUGGGAGCAUACCUAAAGAAGUUUUGAGUCUUCCUAGCUUGAGCACUGUUUUGAAUCUAUCUAAGAACUUUCUAACUGGACCUAUACCUCAAGAAAUUGGUCUCCUAAAAGGUGCUGUUACCAUUGAUCUCUCCCACAACCUUUUGUCUGGUAGUAUCCCCAGCUCGAUCGAAAACUGUAAGAGCUUGGAGAAAUUGUUCAUGGCCAGAAACACGCUUUCAGGUCCAAUUCCGAAUACUAUUGCAGAAGUGAAAGGUCUGGACACUCUAGAUCUUUCCUCCAACCAACUCUCUGGAUCUAUUCCUGUUGAACUCCAAAACCUUCAGGCCCUUAAGUCCUUGAACCUGUCUUUCAAUAAUUUGGAAGGGAUUGUUCCCAGAAGCGGAGUUUUCAGAAAUCUCUCUCAAGUCCAUUUGGAAGGCAACCCAAAGCUUUGCCUAAAUUUUGCAUGUGUCAAUAGUCAAGGGCGUCGAGGAAGAACAGUAGCCAAAGUUCUUGUUAUAACAAGUAUCCUUGUUACAUUGGUCCUGUGCGUUAUAUUUGGCUCACUGUUGUACAUAAAGAGAAGCAAACGAAAGAUGGCAGAAACUUCUGAAACGUUCAAAGGACAGCAUCAAAUGGUGUCCUACAAUGAAAUCCGUCAAGCGACUGGAAAUUUCAACCAAGAAAAUUUUAUUGGCAAAGGGAGCUUUGGGUCAGUUUAUAAAGGCUAUCUUUGGCAAGGAAUCGCUAUCGCAGUUAAAAUCCUUGAUCACACUGAUAAGAAGAGCUCUUGGAAGAGCUUUUUGGCAGAAUGCGAGGCUUUGAGGAACGUUAGGCAUCGGAAUCUUGUUCGACUCAUCACAUCAUGCUCUAGCAUAGACUUCAAGAACAUGGAUUUUCUGGCUCUGGUUUACGAAUUUAUGAGUAAUGGCAGCUUAGAAGAUUGGCUAGAAGGCAAGAAGAAGCAUGUAAAUGGGCAUGCGCUGAAUGUUCUGGAGAGAUUGAACGUGGUCAUUGACGUUGCUUGUGGAUUAGAUUACUUGCACCAUGACUGUGAAGUUCCAGUGGUGCAUUGUGAUUUGAAGCCCAGCAACAUCCUUUUGAGUGAAGACAUGACUGCAAAGGUAGGAGAUUUUGGUCUUGCCAGGUUGCUAAUUGAAAGAACAGGCAAUCAAUCUCAUAUUAGCUCCACAAAUGCUCUAAAGGGAUCCAUAGGUUACAUACCUCCAGAGUAUGGUUUGGGAGAAAAAAUAUCAACUUCUGGAGAUGUGUACAGCUUUGGGGUAAUGCUGCUCGAGCUCUUCACUGGGAAGAACCCAACACACGGGAGCUUCAGUGGAGGCCAAAACCUAACCAGAUGGGUGCAGUUAGGUUUCCCAUCCAACGUGAAACAAGUACUCGACCCUGUGAUGCUAGCUCAGAUGAGCAGCCUUGACCACAAUGAGAAAUACAUAAGCCCUGAUGCUCAACACGAAUGCCUCAUCACAAUCCUUGCGGUUGGGCUAUCUUGCACUGCAGACUCUCGUGAUGCCCGCAUUAGUAUUAGAGGUGCUCUACACAAACUGCAAUCUGCAAGAGACAGCCUUCUUAAACCAGGUCCUAGUGAGAAAACUGAGAAUUAGUAAUCAAAGAUGGCACUAAUGGGUGAAUGGUAUUAAUUGCAAGAGGUAUGUCAGCAGUCAGUAGUCAGCUUAAUAUUGAUCUCAUGUAAUAAGCUUACGUCCUUUUGACUUCAUACAAUGUCGUUGGUCCCUCUUGCUAUGGAGUUUUCUUUUCUUUAAUUUAGUGGGCUGUAAUUUUUGUUUGAUGCAUUGUAGUUUUCCUAAUUAUAUAGAAGGCUGCUUAAUAUUCAACGUAAUAGUGAAGUG